GGUUGAGAAUCGAAAUAACAAAAAUGUACAAACCUUUUCUUCGUUCAUUCAAAAAUGUCACAACGGCCACUCGCACACCCUUCUUCCCGCCAGAAACUCCAUUGCUCUUCUUCUACUCCUCAUCAUCACCACAAGGACAAGAUGAAGAAAACCAAAACCAACGUGAACAGCAGCAAAAUCAGAGGCAAAAGCAACCACCAUCGAUUUCCAAUUCAAAAUCUGCAAUUGGGUCUCCAUGUCGAGUCCAGAAGCUUAUAUCCUCACAAUCAGACCCUCUCCUGGCCAAAGAAAUCUUCGACUACGCCGCUUGCCAACCCAAUUUUCGCCACACUUAUUCUUCCUAUCUCAUUCUUAUCUUGAAACUUGGUCGCGCUAAGUAUUUUUCUCUCGUUGACGAUAUUCUCAUUCACCUUAAAUCCAGUCACCAUCCAGUCAAUGCAACUCUUUUUACUUAUCUAAUCAAAAUUUAUGCAGAAGCAGAUUUACCAGGAAAAGCUUUCAAAACAUUCUAUAAAAUGCUUGAGUUUGACUGCAAGCCUUUGCCUAAACACUUGAAUCGCAUUCUUGAAGUUCUUGUUGCUCACCGCAACCAUCUCCGGCCUGCUUUUGAUCUCUUUAAGAGUGCACAUAAGUAUGGUGUUUUGCCUAAUACCAAAUCCUACAACAUUUUGAUGCUUGCGUUUUGUUUGAAUGGAGAUUUAAGUAUUGCAUACUCAUUGUUUAACAAAAUGUUUAAGAGAGAUGUUAUGCCUGAUGUGGAGUCGUAUAGGAUUUUAAUGCAGGGUUUGUGUAGGAAGAGCCAGGUGAAUACUGCAGUUGAUUUGUUGGAGGAUAUGUUGAAUAAAGGGUUCGUACCAGAUACGUUGAGUUAUACUACAUUGUUGAAUAGUUUGUGCAGGAAGAAGAAACUCAGGGAGGCUUAUAAGCUUCUCUGUAGAAUGAAAGUUAAGGGUUGCAACCCUGAUAUUGUACAUUAUAAUACGGUCAUAUUAGGAUUCUGUAGAGAAGGACGUGCAAUGGAUGCUUGUAAGGUUCUAGAGGAUGUGUCUUCCAAUGGGUGCUUGCCUAAUUUGGUGUCUUAUAGGACUUUGGUCAGCGGGUUAUGUGAUCAAGGGAUGUUUGAUGAGGCGAAGAAAUAUAUGGUUUUAAUGCUAUCGAAGGGAUUUUCUCCACAUUUUUCAGUUUCCCAUACUUUGAUAAGGGGCUUUUGUAAUGUUGGUAAAGUUGAAGAUGCUUGUGGAAUACUGGAAGAACUGCUUAAGUUUGGGGAAGCUCCACAUAAGGACACAUGGGUAAUUAUAGUUCCUAGGAUUUGUGAAGUGGAUAAGACUGAGAGAACAGAGGAGAUUUUGAACAAGGUUAUGAAGGUAGAAAUAAAGCGUGACACAAGAAUAGUAGAGGUAGGUAUUGGUUUGGAGGAUUACUUGAUUAGGAAGACACUAUCGAGAUCACCCAGAAUGUCGUCGACUCCAAAGGUAUCAUCGGAAGAGCAACAAAAUGAGGAGACAGCUCUGCCUCCGUCUGUUAAAUUCGGUACACCUGAGGCCUUAGCCUAUGUCCGUACUCUAACAGACGUAGGCGCCAUGACGCGUCUACUCCACGAGUGCAUCGCUUACCAACGGGCGCUGGACGUCGAUCUUGACAACCUCCUCUCGCAACGCAGUGACCUCGACAAGCACCUUCUCCAACUCCAGAAAUCCGCUGAGGUGCUGGAAAUAGUGAAGGCUGAUUCGGAUCACAUGUUCUCUAACGUCCGCUCCACCAGCGAUCUCGCUGAUCAAGUUAGCGGCAAAGUCCGAGAGCUUGACUUGGCUCAGUCUCGAGUCAAUGACACUCUCCUUCGCAUUGAUGCUAUCGUGGAACGGAACAAUUGUUUGGACGGCGUUAGAAUUGCUAUGGAUGAAGAAAACUUCGAAGCCGCGGCCAAUUAUGUGCAAAGGUUUAUCGAAAUUGAUGGCAAGUACAAGGACUCAGGAUCUGAGCAAAGAGAACAAUUAAUGGGGGCGAAAAGGCGAUUGGAAGGAAUCGUUAAGAAACGCGUGUUAGUGGCAGUGGAUCAAAGAGAUCACGGUACGAUCUUAAGCUUUAUAAAGCUUUAUUCACCAUUAGGAAUAGAAGAGGAAGGAUUACAAGUGUAUGUAGGGUAUUUGAAGAAAGUUAUAGGGAUGAGAUCAAAGAUGGAGUAUGAUAAUUUGGUGGAGUUGAUAGAGCAGAGUCAAGAUGAAACCAAGGUUGAUUUUGUUUCCUGUUUGACUAAUUUGUUUAAGGAUAUUGUGCUUGCUAUUGAGGAAAAUGAUGGGAUUUUGAGCGGUUUGUGUGGAGAGGAUGGGAUUGUUUAUGCUGUAUGUGAGUUACAAGAGGAGUGUGAUUCAAGAGGGGGUAUGAUUUUGAAGAAAUAUAUGGAGUGUAGAAAAUUGGCUAAGCUAGCAUCUGAGAUUAAUGCUCAAAAUAUGAAUCUACUAACUGUGGGUGUGACUGAAGGUCCUGAUCCGAGAGAAGUUGAGUUGUAUCUGGAAGAAAUUUUGUCAUUGAUGCAGUUGGGUGAGGAUUAUACUGGAUUUAUGGUGUCUAAGAUUAAGAGUUUAAGUUCUGUGGAUCCGGAGUUAGUACCACGAGCUACUAAGGCUUUUAGGAGUGGAAGUUUUAACAAGGUUUUGCAGGAGAUUACUGGGUUUUAUGUGAUUUUUGAAGGAUUCUUUAUGGUGGAGAAUGUGAGAAAGGCUAUUAGGAUUGAUGAACCUGCACGUGAUAGCCUUACCACAUCUAUGGUAGAUGAUACUUUUUAUGUUAUUCAGAGUUGUUUGAGAAGGGCAAUAUCUACUUCAAAUAUUAGCUCUGUGAUUGCUGUCUUGAGUGGUGCAACUAGUUUAUUAAGCAAUGAAUACCAUGAGGCAUUGCAACAGAAAACAAGGGAGCCAAACCUUGGGGCAAAAUUGUUCUUGGGUGGUGUUGGUGUGCAGAAGACUGGCACAGAGAUUGCAACAGCUUUGAAUAAUAUUGAUGUGAGUAGUGAGUAUGUCCUGAAACUAAAGCAUGAGAUUGAAGAGCAAUGUGCAGAGGUAUUCCCUGCACCUGCUGACAGAGAAAAGGUUAAGUCUUGUUUAUCUGAGUUGGCCGAUUUGAGUAAAACUUUCAAGCAAGCCCUGAAUACUGGCAUGGAACAACUCGUGGCAACCAUAACACCCCGUAUCCGUCCAGUUUUGGACAAUGUUGCAACCAUCAGCUACGAGCUAUCAGAGGCUGAAUAUUCUGAUAAUGAAGUUAAUGAUCCAUGGGUUCAGAGGCUUCUCCAUGCCGUUGAGACAAAUGCAGCAUGGCUCCAGCCACUGAUGACUGUGAACAAUUAUGACACAUUUGUUCAUUUGAUCAUUGAUUUCAUUGUUAAGAGGCUUGAAGUGAUCAUGAUGCAGAAAAGGUUCAGUCAACUUGGUGGCCUGCAGCUUGACAGAGAUGCUAGGGCUCUGGUAAGCCAUUUCUCUAGCAUGACUCAGAGGACUGUUAGAGACAAGUUUGCUCGCCUUACACAAAUGGCAACAAUUCUCAACUUGGAAAAGGUAUCUGAGAUUCUGGAUUUCUGGGGCGAGAACUCUGGUCCUAUGACCUGGAGGCUAACCCCAGCUGAGGUUAGGCGAGUUCUUGGUCUAAGGGUUGAUUUUAAACCUGAAGCAAUAGCUGCUCUGAAGUUGUAAAACUUCCCGUUUCAUAUUCUUCUAUUAUUUUCCCGUUAAGUGUAAUAGCAAACCCAUACCAUGCACCAACUAUAGAUAGUCUGGCUAGUUCUUUGGGUUUAUUUUUUUCUUUUUUACGAGUUUUCUCGGUGGCACCACCUCAAAUCUGUUGAUUGUCCAAUUUUGAACCUCCCAACCAGUGCUUGGAUGACGCACAAUCAUUUGAUUAUAUUGUCCUCAUAGGAAAGCAUUAGUGGUACAGAAAUUUUACUGGGAGUUUGAUGUGUAUUUCUUAGUCGUUUUUUCAGCCAUGGACUAGUGAUGGAUUGUGGCACUGUGCCGACUGUAGGGUAAGUGUUUUUUUUAUUUUUGAUAAUAAAAAAUUCUUAUUUGAA